GCUAUCAGCGUGAAUAUCCUGUUUUAUGUAAGAGUGGGCUAUCUGUUUACAAAAGAACCUGUCUCCUCGUUCAGAGGUGAGUCUCCUCAGCACCUCCGCGGCGCUGCUCCUGUGCGUCCUUUUACAUCCCCGCGCCCUCCAACUGGAGACAGUCACGGCGCGCACCACGCCAGGAGCGCAUCGGAGCAUUGCCUUGUCCUUUUUGUCUCGAGCUCUGCGCAACACAUUAUGGGAUUGCUAAGAAAAAGAUCUAAACUAUCGAGAGUCAUGACUCCUCGAAACCAGUGAAAUUGUUCUGAUGAAUUCCUAAAGAAGAAGAAAAAAAUGACACAUAAGCUCUGAAGAAGUGGCGCAUAUUUUGACUGGUGCGAUUAAACCCAGCUACAGGUGGGAUGCCGUAAUCAGUUUUGGACAGGGAGAGAUCAUGGAGCCCUGGAUGUUCCCAUCAUCCCCACCAAACCUAACGGAGCACCUUUUGUAUGACAGCUUCAUGCAGGGGAAUGAGUCCAGCAUUAAUGGAAGCUACAUAGACCACAGCUUCAACCAAACCAGCACUGUGGUCAUCACAUGUAUGUACUUUCUAGUUUGCGCUGUGGGACUUUGUGGGAACGCUUUGGUCAUCUAUGUUAUCCUGCGCUAUGCCAAGAUGAAGACAGUCACCAACAUCUAUAUUCUCAAUCUGGCGGUAGCAGAUGUGCUCUUUAUGCUCGGACUGCCAUUCAUUGCCAUCCAGCUGGCACUAGUUCACUGGCCCUUUGGGCCUGUGCUCUGCAGGGUCGUUAUGACUGUGGACUCCCUGAACCAGUUCACGUCCAUCUUCUGCCUUAUGGUAAUGAGCAUUGACCGCUACUUGGCAGUGGUGCAUCCCAUAAAGUCCACAAAGUGGCGAAAACCACGCAUCGCUAAAACUAUUAACUUAGCCGUAUGGGUAGUUUCACUGUUAGUCAAUCUGCCCAUCGUUAUCUACAGUGGUGUGAUUACAAAGCACAAUGGCUGCUUCUGCACCAUUGUGUGGCCAGAACCUCAAGAAACCUACUACACAGUCUUCAUGUUCUACACCUUCAUUCUGGGCUUCUUCCUUCCCCUAAUGGUCAUCUGCCUCUGCUACCUGCUCAUCAUCAUCAAGGUAAAGUCUUCAGGCAUCCGAGUAGGCUCCUCCAAAAGGAAGCGAUCAGAACGCAAGGUCACCCGGAUGGUUUCCAUUGUUGUGGCUGUGUUUGUGUUCUGCUGGCUGCCUUUCUACGUUUUCAACGUCACCUCAGUGACAGGCAGCAUCAGCACCACCCCCAUCCUGAGGAGCACCUUUGCCUUUGUGGUGGUUCUAGGAUACGCCAACAGCUGUGCCAACCCAAUCCUCUAUGCCUUCUUAUCAGAGAACUUCAAGAAGAGCUUCCAGAAUGUUCUCUGUCUUAAGAAGGUAGGAGGGCUGGAUGAGGUUGAUCGCAGUGACAGUCGGCAGGACAAAUCUCGCAUGAUGAAUGACCCAACAGAGACCCAGAGUACUUUGCUCAAUGGUGACCUGCAGACCAGCAUCUAGCAAGUUUUACCAGCCUAUUUUAGAUCUUCUCUGAAAAACCUGAAUUAUUAGGCAUCAUUAAACUGAAAAAUACAAGGCACCAUAUGAGUUGGGCUUCUCAGCAUUAUAGACAACCUAGACAAAAAAUCACAGGUUCAUUCAAAUCUCCUUAGUAAGCUAUAAGAGAGUUCUUCAUGAAGGAGGCCUGAGGGAAUAUAACAAGCAGUGACACCUACUUGGCAAAUGGUCCCCUGGGUGACAUGGAUUUUCCCUGGAGACUCAGUAUUAUAUAUGUUGUUUACAACAGAGGACCUGCAUCAAGUUUCCCAGCAAUGUUUGAAAAUUACAAUGGAACAACACAGGGCUGUGAAUAUAGUUGUUUGAGCUGCCAGUUAUGAUUCCCUGGGAAGUAAAUAUUUAUGUAAAUAACUGUGCAUAUAAUGGACAAGACAUAAAGAUUGUUUAAAAAACGGACCAAUAUUGUCAUGCAGCUUAUAAUUAUAACCCUAGACUAGCAGUGUUUAAUGUGAAACAUCCUUCUGUAGCAGAAUGUAAUGAACUUCAGUGAUCUUGUGUUGAUUCUCUUUUUUUUCUGUGGGGUAGUUCACUUGUGAUAUACCAAAUGUAAAUGUGAGUAACUUUUGUUCCAUGCAUUAUUGAGGCAAUAGCCCAAUAAAGCUGCAGCUCCGACAACAUACAUCACAGUGUUAAGCUAGAAAGAUUUUCUUGCUGGUGUUCAUUAUACUAACUUUCUGUGUAUUAAGAGUUUCACAUCACUGCUUGUGUAUAAGUAAAUGUAUUACAGGACAGUUUGAUCACACGUUACCUCUUUUUCAAAAAUGUUGGAUUAUGUGACUCUAAAUUAUUCAGUAUGAACCCUGGGUUGUUUUGUGUGUUUGUGUUAUGCUAGCAUAUGAAACAUGUCCAGAUACUGUUUCAUGGAUGAGGAUUGUACUCGUCUUUGCUGUGCACCCAUCUGUCAGGGGUUGCUUGAGCUUUAGUGGUUGCCGUGCAUCGUUUUUAAAAGAA